CACACGCACAAAAGCGUUGAAGGCUAUGGUGGGUGAAGACUCACGCGGACCUCCAGCGAGCUCAUUCCCACUGUGAGAAGAUGUCUGUGAACGAGGUGUAUGUGUUCCGGCCCUUCAAGCUCAUCGCGCUGCUCUGCAUCUUCCUCGCGCUGUGUUUGGACGUGGUGGCUCUGCUGAGCCCAGCCUGGGUCACUGCGGAGCAUUUCUCCCUGUCUCUGUGGGAGUCCUGCUCCCAGUCCGGGGCACGGCAUCCGACAGAGGAGGCUCAGUGGAGCUGCUUCUCCACCCUCACAUCUGACUGGCAGAUUGCCACCCUUGUCCUGCUGGUGGCCGGUGCCGUGGCAACUCUGUUGGCCUUUCUGGUGGCCCUGAUUUCCCUCUGCCGGGGGACACAGAGACGGCACUACCGCACCGUGGCUGUGCUCCUCUUCACUGCAGUGGUCCUGCAGGCCUGCGCUCUGGUCCUCUACCCGAUCAAGUUCAUCGACGGUACGGUUCUUCAGACCUAUCACGAGUUCAACUGGGGCUACGGGCUCGGCUGGGGGGCCACCAUCUUCAUGUUGGGUGGAGGGAUCCUCUUCUGCCUGCGGACGGACGUAUACGAGGAUGCGAUGUACUGAGUCCUUUCUCAAACCCCCCCCCCCCCCCCCCCCCCUCCCCCUCCCCUCUGCCGCUGGAAAUACACACAUAAACACACACACACACUCAGAAUUCCCAUACAGGAGGUGUGAUACUUGUUCAUGUGCAUGUGAGCACAGACCCCUGUCCCUCUCUCUUUCUCUCGCUCUCUCUGUUAUUUUUAGACAGGUUGUGAAGGCCUGAUUUAGGCCGCGGCUGUAUGAAUAGGAGCCCCACCACCCCUCCUCCCAUGCAGCCAGCGGGUCCCUCAGCCCUGCCGGUAUCAGGGAUGAGGUGGCAGAGCUGAAGCACAGAGAGCUUUCUGGACAAGCACGAGCCACCGAUGCUGGAUGUUUCCACCGCGUUUUGACCUGGAUCUCUAUUGUUAGAUAAGCGGGACAGUAGAGUCUCUGCACAAACCUGAAUGAGCAGUGACUGAACAUUUUAAACUUAUCUCCACAUUUCCUUUUUUAUUCUUUUUGUAGCAUUUCAUGAUGAUAAGCUUGUUGUUAAUGUAUUUAUGGCAUCCACUUUAUAAAUAUUGAAAGACGUGAUGAACUUGCCCCCGCCGUGUGUCCUACCUGAGACAUAUCUAGUGAUGCUAAGCCUUCUGAUAUUAGAAGUGUAAAUUAGAGCACUUCGAUAAAUACUAGAGCUCUCGAGUGUUUAUAGUUUGUUUGCAAACUCACACUAGUUUGUCUAAAAUGCAAAAUGUAAAUGUGUACAAAGUAUUUCUACAUGAAGGAGAAUCCAGAAUAAACAAUUGUAGUUUUGUGAGUGUUAGAAGUGUGAGUGUUAUGUUUGCAGUAACUUGUUUUCAUUACCACGCUGUGGCAUUCUGCAGUUUACGUGACACUCUAACACCAGCGCUUCACAAACUGACCUCUGACAGGACAUAAAGAGGGGGAGCAUCAGGGGUACCUCUCUUUUUUUAGGAGCAAACAGCAAUGAGACAAAAAUGCAAAACACUUUCAUUAUCCAGCGCACACAUUCCUCAGAGGAAGCCACCCCGUGGCUAUUUAAAGAGAUAUCCCCUGGUUGCUAGCUAGUUUAUGUGUGAAAAUAUAGCGCAUUGGUUGGAGCAUAAUGAGCAACAUAAAACAUUGUUUUGCGAACCUCGAGACACAUUUUUGCAGUUAAUCUUUACAACUGCUUUGUAGUUGUAUAUUUCAUAGUAUUAUCCAGGACACAUUUAUAACACUGCCCCAUUAUUUGCUUGUCGUGAAUAAAUGUGCUGAAAUUGAAA